AUGGUUGCUGAGCACCUUAGUCUCCGCAACAACACCUCCACUCCAAUUGUCCUGAAGCGCAUUGAGCGCUUCCAGGCACCGGAGAAAGAUGGGUUCCAUGCCUUCAGCACAAUUGCCAGAAACCUUACCCAGGUCUUGACCAACCAAACGCGCAACGAUGCUGUUGCCUCCAUUGAACAAGACAGCAGUCCCUUUGAGGAAAAGAAUGUCGACAUUCGCCUGGAGCCAUUCACAACGAAGAAGACCGAGCUACGCUCUUUCGUCCACUCUGACAAGGAGCGCAUGCGUUUAAUCUUCGAGGCAGAAGGCCAGAAAUACCAGAUCCAAGUCCCUGUCCCAACAGCAGAGUCAGCAACAAUGAAAGCACUAAGCGAGAACCCCAAACACCGCUUUACCGGCGUCUUCGUGGUCCCAGCAUCCUUCCUCACAAUCUUCUCCUCUGCGCACAUGCACGCUUGGAUGCGUGAGCUCCGCGACGAGACCCUUGUUUCCGCCCUCUCAAUCCCAGGCACACACAACUCGCCCACAUGCCACAUUGCGCCGCCGUCGGUGCGCUGCCAGGCUGUCAGCCCGAAAGAGCAACUCAAGAACGGCGUGCGGUUCUUCGAUAUUCGCGUGCAGCCGCAAUACCCAGACGACGCUGCGCGCGACGAGCUGAUCCUCGUACACAGCGUGUUCCCCGUCUCACUAACGGGAAACAAGUACUUCCGCGAUCUGAUGCGUGAAGUCAACGAGUUCCUCGAGCGCAACCCCUCCGAGACGUUGAUCAUCUCUAUUAAGCGGGAGGGCACCGGUAACGCGACUGACGAGCAGCUCUCACGUAUCUUGCAGGACCACUAUGCUAAGGGGUGGUGGGUGCGGCCCAAGAUCCCGACUCUGGGCGAGGUGCGUGGUAGGGUUAUUCUGAUGCGCCGGUUUAACUUGCAGCAGAAGCUGAAAGAAGCGCAUGGUGGGACUGGUUGGGGUAUUGAUGCUGCUGCGUGGGCGGACAAUACUCCCAAUGCUACGUGUCCCAGUGGCCAGCUCUGCAUUCAGGAUUUCUAUGAGGUGCUGGAGAGUAUGAAUAUCGAGAAGAAGAUUAAGUUCGUCUCAGAGCAGAUUGAUCGGGCUAGCUGCUGCCGCUAUCCGUUUGGUGUUCAGCCUAAUAUGCAUGCGACAAAGGCUUUCCCCUUUUACGUCAAUUUCUUGAGUGCCAGUAACUUCUGGAAGACGGAUACUUGGCCCGAGAAGGUUGCUGCUAAGGUUAACCCGGCGAUUGUGGAUUAUAUCUGUCGCCGAGGUAAAGACAAAGAUGCGGACUGCUCGACAGGUAUCCUUGUUACGGACUGGGUUGGUUUGAAUGGAGAUUGGGAUCUUGUGCGCUGCAUUGUGGGCAUGAAUGCCAAACUGCGUUUGAGACAGGACUAG